AUGGUCUUUGAAUACAAUUGUUCACUACAAGAUAAUUCACUUGUAAAUAUUCUAUUAUAUAGGAGUUCUGGUACAAGAGUUGGAUUUUUCGAUACCCAAGUAAGCUUAAUAAAACAAUAUUUAAGCGAUAUUUCUAACAGUGCUGAGGAGCUAAUUAACUUGAGAAGCAUUGAAUAUAGUUGCCUUGGUUUGAAGGAAAUAGAUGACGAGGUUGCAACUUCAAAACUAAAAUUCAAAUUUAUAUGUGAAGUAUUUACUGGGGAUCAAACUGCACUUUCCUUUCCUUAUAUUCAAACUUGGAAAUGUAUUUUCGCUAUGAUAAUUAUAAGUGAAGAAGAGAAGUUUACAAUUGAUAGCAAACUAGCUGAAUUGAUUAAUAACUCUUCAUAUUAUAUAUUAGAUUUUAUUUAUGUAUUUGACUAUAAUAAUCCCACAAUUGAAGAUAGUAACAGUAAUAUAAGAUGGUGUAAAGUGAGCGGAAGUGCUCCUGCUGAACUGAUGAAUCACUUAAAGUGCAUUUAUAUUGGAAUUGUCGAUAAAAUGAUUGAAGUAUUCAAACUUAGUAUAAACUCUAAAUUUGAUGUAAUUCUUGCAGCUGAAGGUGAAUCUGGUACUUUUACAGGCCCUACUUCUUUACGUAGACAGAAGAAAUUUCUUGGUGAUAUAUUAGUACUUUUAGGAUUGCCAAUUGCUGCUUGUCAUUAUUAUAAUACAGCACUUGAAGUAUAUAGUGAAACAAAUGCACAAAGCAUGGUUGACAUUGCAUCUUGCUUAGAAGGUCAGUCUAAAGCUCUUUAUAGUUACUACAACAAUUCGAAUUUAUCGGUAGAAUGGUGGCAAGUAAUUGUUCAUUCUGCUACGUCAUUUCUUUCUGAGAUACCAACUCCUUUACAACAUUGUUUUCUACCUUUACCAUCACAUAUACCUGUUGCUAUCGAUACCAUAACAUUUAAUCAAACAAGAAAAUUAACUCUAUUUGAUAUGAUUGUCAAAAGACUUAAGUUAGCUUUGUUAUUGAUGGAGAAAGUUUGCAAUAUUCAACUGAACCCAAUUUCCCUUCCAGAUACUCUAUCCUUUACUAAAGGAGGUAAUAAAGUAUUUCCAUUAUUUGAACUUGUAUUAAAAGUAGCAAAAAUAUUAGCAAGUGGUAUUUUUACUUACUAUCAAACUAAUAGGAAACUUGUUGCUGACUUUCUUGAUCCAUACUUUAAAACAGUUUUUACAGCUGUUUGUGAAGUGCCUCUUAACCAUAUUCAAAUCUUUACAUAUUUCCUUAUGGGUUGCACCUUGAUAUAUCAGAGUAUUGGAAGUCAUAGAAGGGUUGGGGUGAUCUUAUUUUAUUUAGCCAGGCUAUUUCAAAAGAACAAACUUUAUAUCCCAAGUUACAAUAUUUCUUGCAUAAAUUACAUAUGGUAUUCAGAUUUAUUUAAUAAGGACUCAGUUGAGCGUAUUGAUCUCACUUCUUUACCUUUGAUACUUAUAAAUAGCGAUGAGAAAAGCAAUAGGAGACAUUUCAUGUGCAAAUUAUGUAGAGCCUGUGGAUUUUAUAAACUGAUAAUGAAUAUUGCAAAUUUAAAAACAAAGGGUAUUAGAAAUACUGACUUUCACAUAGAAAAAGAUCAUUCAUUACAUAAUACUCAUUAUUUGCAUACAAGUUAUCUUCAAUAUCUCUCUAUAUAUAAACAUGACUUAUCACUGAACUAUAAGGGAUCAUUAAUAGGCGAAUUUAGACAUCCUGAACUCUUACAAACUAAUAAAUCAGGUGUUAUAGAUGAUGCACUUAUAUAUUUAACACCUUUUAUUUAUGACUUCUCAAAAUAUGGGAUCCAUACAUUAUUACAUAUUUAUCGAUGUCAUACUAAAAAUAGAUUUAAUAGACUCGUUUGGCAUACGCAUCCAAUGCGCUAUGAACUCAUUUGUCUCUUGCUGAUACUACAAGCCAGUAUUUCAUAUAGUUGUUCAUCAGGGUCUAUUUGGGCACUCUGCACUCUAGUAGAAAAUUUAGCAUAUCUACCCCCAUAUUAUGAUAUUGAAACUGUAAAGAUGAUUCAAUCAAAAUGUAUUGAUGCUCUUACUAUUGUGAGUACUUCAGCUUUACUUGUUCAUCGUGAGCCUACAAUUUAUGUUGCAACAAAUCAGCUAAAAGAUGCAAUUGAAAUACAAUCAGAAGUUACGACACUUUUCGGUAAUUUGAAGUCUUCAUUGCCAUCUUUGUUAUUGUAUAGAAUCACUUUCGAUACUGCAUCAAGAAAACGGAUUUGUGCAUAUUGUAACAAAGAUGAAUAUUCACAUUUUGAUGGAAAAAACAAUUUACAGUCAAAUUCACACUAUGAAUGCUACUUUAAAUCUAUACAAACACCUUUAUGGUUUGGAUGGCACAUAUCGAUUCCAGAUAUUUCACUAGAAAUGUGUUGUAACAAUAGCUCUGAUACUCAAUGGAUACCUUUGCAAGAAACAUCCCUAGACCAAGAACAUAUUUUUUCCGAAGCAGCAGAUGAAUUGAAUGAAGUAUAUAACUCAGACCUAUUUCUAUAUAAUCCAUACGAGAAAAGAAAACCAAUUUCAUCUAAUGACAACCAAAAAAGAAGUUCUAUUAUUUCCACAAACUCUCUAUUGGAUGUACUGUGGACAUGUGGAACUGCUUAUACUAUUAGUGUAUCUCUGUUUAAUUCACUAUUUGUUCCACUAGUUUUAGACAGUUUUCACGUUAUUAUUAGUGGAGAGGUUGAGUGUGAUGUAUAUCCUGUUUCUGUCGUUAUCCCUCCAACAACACGCUUCUGUGUACCUGGAUCAGAAGUUAAAGUUGCAAUUAAUGUAACUCCUAAAAGUUUGGGUAGGUUUGCUAUUAUUGGUAUAUCUUACAAAUUUGCUGGGAUAAAGUACACACAAUAUGGUUAUAAUAAGGUCUCCCUUAAUAACAAAACAGAAUACUCUCCUCAUUUGAUAGUGACUGUAAUUCCCCAAGUUCCAUCUUUUAUUAAUCUUUCAUGGGAACAAUUUGAAAAAGAUACAUUUACAGAUACUGUCUUACAAAACAAAAUAUAUAGUGGUAUACUCUGGUUUGAGAACCAGAGGAUUGAAGAUUGUGAACAAGAUCAAUAUAAUAGUCUUUUUUCUCUAGAAUGUACAUCUAUUUUAUUAAGCAAAGAAGACUAUGAAUUGUGCAAGGGUAAAAUGGAAUUAUCACUUGCGAAACCCACAGUUUUAGAGAGACAAGGAGUUAUUAUAAACUGUAACUGUUUACCGAAUAUUGAGAAGAUUUGCCUUAAGUAUUCAAGUCGAUAUCAAUUCAAUGGCAAGAAUCUACUGGUUUCUUACUUUGCAACAAUCUUUACGCGCAUGUGCCCAAGUCCUAACAUUGUUAAUGUGCAGGUUUUACCAAUACUAAACUAUAUCCCUUCAGAUUUACCGCCUUGUAACUCAAAUAGAUGGGAUGCAAGUGAAUAUUGGAUAAUAUGCACAUUAGAAAAUACUUCACAGACCCUACCACUCAAAUUCUCGCUUGCAAUAAACAUGAAAUCCAAAGAAAAGUUCUCAGAGGAAAUACAUCUACCCCCAGAAACGAGAGGGUACAGAUGGAUGUUCAGAAUAUCUUCAAAGUAUAUCGGCGAACUAUGUAAAAAUCCUAAUUUGCCACUAUUAGCUUGGAGUGCUUACUAUCCUCAGGCCCUAUAUCAAAAAAAUAUUAACGAAAAAAUAGAGGAUCAUGGAUUUUUAUUCCUUAAAAGUAUACUUCCUCAAUGUUUAUCACAUUAUAGAAUUAAUUGGUAUAUAGAGUGUAACGGUGAGAAUUUACCUAAUAACUCAGUAUUCCCAUGCAACUCUAUAUUGCAAAUUAGUAUAGUUGCUCAGCCUGUAAAUAAUACUGUUGAUAACACAAGUAUAAGAGUAAGGAUACUACCGUAUAAAAUUCACCAAUACUCCAAAAUAAUAUAUAUAGAAAAUGAGCAGGAAGAUAGUUCACUUUCUACACAAAUGUCUAAGUUUUCUUUCUGUAUAAUUGGAUUAGAAAGAAAGAUGUUCCAAUGGGUAGUUGGUAUUGAAGAAAUGGAUAUGACCAGUUAUAGAAGUACACUUCAUUGGAAAAGUGAAUUACUUUCCAUCUCCUUCAAUUGA